AUGGGGCAGCGAGAGGAGGUUCUUAGUCCGCCUUUCUUGAAAGUUACUCCUACCGACCACGGCGCUUGGGUUAUCCUGUCCAGUUGCAUCCUCCUUAUUCUGACCGUCAUCGUGGUGCUCGUGACUCUGAUAUCACGGGCAAGAGUGCUUCGCAAACUGGUUUUAUGUGACUUAUACUUCUGUUUGUUGAGACCAUAUCGAAUAAAUUUCGCUUGUUCAAAUGGCCUCGGUCGGCAUCCCAAUGCCCUAAGCGAGAAAUUAUUCCAGUCGUUUGCUAAGUUCUUCUAUGCUAGCCAAAUCCUUGCUAUCGCAUCGUUGGCUUGCUCCAAAGUUGCCCUGGCUUUACUUAUCAUUUACAUCAAGCCACUGAGUGCUGUCCUAUAUGCGUGUCGCUGUCUCAUUGCAGCUAUCGCCGCCUGGGGGGUAACGGGAAUCAUUGCCUUAGCAGCUCAGUGCGAUCCCCCUCGGCCGUGGGAUUUCAGUGACGGAAGAUGCGUAAACCAGCAGGCCCUAUAUACUGCACUUGAUACGCUAAGCAUUAUCACCGAUAUUGCUCUCAUCAUAUUGCCGUUCUUCCUGGUAUUUCAGGUUCAACUUCCCACUCGAAAACGACUAACGAUUGUGAGCUUCUUCUGCAUGCGGAUAUUUGUUCCCCUUUUCACGAUAUUCUCCUUAGCCUCGCAAAACCAGUAUUUCAGCUCAAGGCCUCUCGACAAAACAUGGCAUGCUGUGCGACCUACUAUCUGGGCACAAGCAACGCUCUGCAUAUCAAUAAUUACAACAUGCAUCCCGAGCUUGAAACGUGUCAUGGCAGACCUCCAAACAGGGCUGAUGGCCGGCAGGGUGACCGAAUUUUUGGAGCUGUCCAUAUCUGGCGGGUCGAACUCUGCAACAGCCGGCCAAGUCAAUAAUAAUUCAGGGCAAAAGACGACGCAAGCAAGGCGAAGCUUAACGACUGUGUAUGGUGCGGGGACGAUCGACCAAAAUAGUGGCAAAGCCCUGCAUCAUUACGAGAAGAGUGGCCAGAGAAUUCGGAAAGGGUACAGGAAUUCCAUCCUGCUACGGAGGGGAGCGGAUCCAAAAAAUAAAAGUCUGAGCGGCGGAGCCGAGAAAAACGAUGAGAUGACAAAACAGGGCGAGCCAGGCCAAGAAGAACGAACACAGAGUAUGCCAAAUCCCAACAAUGCGAUCGUGCAGACGAUUGGAUAUGAAGUACGGUAUGAUCGAGAGGGGGAACAAAGGGAGAGCAAUGACCAACUUUGUAGCGGUGCAGAUCAUCUGCAUCAUGCAGCUUCAUCACAACAAUAA